GAUGUGUGUUCUCUCCUCCCUGCCCCCACACACAGGCAGGAGGCAGUGUUUGCAUUAGACAGACCCAUGGUGAUAUUGUCUGUGUACACACUUCACAUCAGACCUGCAUGUUCAACAGGUGAGCCAGAGGAAGGCAUCUGGUUACGGCAUUUCUAGGAUUCACAGUAGACCUGUCCAUGUAAAGCAAACAAAACAGAAAGUGUGUGAUCUCGGUCAUAAGGUUGGCACAGAGCAGGGCCCUGCAGGACACACAGCGGAGACAGCUCCUGGUUACUCAGAGAAGAUGAACUGGGGCUUUUUGGAGAAUGUCCUCAGUGGGGUGAACAAGUACUCCACUGUGGUUGGCCGCGUCUGGCUCUCUGUAGUCUUCCUCUUCAGGAUACUGGUGUAUGUGGCGGCGGCUGAGCAGGUGUGGAAGGACGAGCAGAAGGAUUUUGUGUGCAACACCCAGCAACCCGGCUGUGAGAACACCUGCUUCGACUACUUCUUCCCCAUCUCACAAUUGCGCCUCUGGGCUCUGCAGCUCAUCAUGGUGUCCACCCCGUCCCUUCUGGUGGCCCUACAUGUGGCCUACAGGGAGCACCGGGAGGCCAAACUCAAGCGAAAACUGUACGACGACAAAGGGAGCAUUGAUGGAGGUCUGUUCUGCACCUACAUCAUCAGCCUGGUCUUCAAGACAGCUUUUGAGGUGGGCUCCCUGCUUGCGUUCUACUUCCUGUACAAUGGCUUUGGGGUGCCCAUCUUGCUCCGCUGCAGCCAGAGUCCCUGUCCCAACACGGUGGACUGUUACAUUGCCAGAGCCACAGAGAAGAAGAUCUUUCUCUACAUCAUGGGCUGCACCUCCAUUCUGUGUAUUGCUCUCAAUUUUGUGGAGCUCGUGUACAUUGUAUGGAAGCAGCUGUUGAAAUAUUUCACCAAGCGGUACAUCCCGGUGGAAAAGAAGGCUUACAGCCGCUGCCAGUCCCCUGUUUCUAAUGUCAACAAGCUUGUCUGCACUGAGCACACAGUAAACACAGAGGACAGCAGCACACAGCCACCAUUCCAUGCUGAAACCUGCCAGUCCAGUCCCACAGGGCUGGAUGGAGCACAUUCUCCACCUCAAAGUGAAACAAAAAGCUAACACAGUUGAAUGGUACAGAUGGCAUACAUUGAGAAAGGCUGAGCUGUCAUUUCAUUUAUCAGUGUGAACUGAUAUUAAACCAGUCCAAACACUAAUGAAAGACGGGCCAUUACACUUUGACUUGUCUGGAUGAAACCUCCAGUUUAGGAGCAACCUUUCUAUCUAAAGAGCCACUUUCGGCCAGAAAGAAAAAAAUAAACUUGUUUGGAGCCGUAAAAUUUUUUUUUAGCCCUUUAAAUGCAGUUACCAUAGCCUAUUAGUCUAAAUGAUCUUAUCAACACUAACAGGUCUAAACUACUAUUCAUUCACGUUUUACCACAAGGUGGCAGCAGUGGGCCUCUAGGCUAUUUAUGAUUAUUUGGCUACUUUAUUAACUUUGCAUUUCUAAUGCAAUGUUUUGGUGCAUUUAUGAAAACAUACAAGUACAGCAGAUCAAAACAUUCUGGUAAGCCAGCAGUAGUGGUGGUGAAAGCAAACAAAUCUAUCCACGCACUAAUCCCCUGAGAUUUUUCUUUUUUGGAUUUUGAUUUGGAUCCACAGUUUAGGAGAGCAGCUACCCACUCAGGACUCUGCUACUGAGUUUAGCAGCAGGAUGUGGCAUGAUGACAAAGUGUUUUACAUUUUUUAUCCGAUGUAUAUGCUACAUGUUUUUACAGUUGAAUACUUCUAGGAUUACUUUAGGCUUACAAUAGUGAUAGAAAAAUGUUAUUUAUUAAAAUGUUUUGACAAAGUAGGUGAGCCACUAGAGAGGGGCAAAGGAGCCGCAGCCUGCAGACCCCUGACUUAGACUUUUAAUCAUGUUGAGGUUUGGACUCUUGGCUGGAUACAACAGGCAUGGGGAAGCUUUUCACUAUUAUCAGAUUCUUUACAAACUAAACAAACAAUGGAUUAGUGGAGAAAAUAAUCAGCAAAUUGAUCCAGAUGAAAAUAAUCAUUAGCUGCAGUCUGAUACUAAAGAGUUCAAACUCUGCUACAGCUCAACAACUACAGCAGCAACAUCCUGCUUUACAUAUAUAAUAGUACACAUAGUAUAUAGUAUAUACCAGUCACGGGGACAUUUUACUGCUUCAAUACUUUAAGGACAUUUUCCUGAUAAUACUCACUUAAUCUUACUUUCUUUUUACAUGAGAAAGAGUAACAGAGUGUGAUAUUGCUACUUUUAACAGGUUAUCACUUGACAAAAGUCCUUGUGAGAUACUGUAGUUUGUUCUAGAUAUCUUGAGAACACUUUUGACCAGACAUCUCUCUCCAGUUAUUUUGUGACAAUGGGGGCCCAAAAUGUUCAAUAUAAAACAAAUAAAAAUGUUAUUCCAUACUAUUGUUUUCACAAGAUAGGAUUUUUAUUAUACCAUUUUCACCAAUCUGAUUUCAUAAUUGAACGACUGACUAGCUCUGUGCUGUUUUGUCUUGACAAAGCACAAAAAACACACUUUGAAAGAAAAUCUUCUGGAAUAUUUGAAAUGAUCAUAAUGCUCUGUGGUAUUCCUGCUUGUCUUUUAAUAUAGAACACUACUAUCACAAUGUUGUUAGAGAUAUCCAGAUCAGAUGUAAUCCUGACCUGAUGCUGGACAUCAGUGCUUUGUAUUUAGACUGCUGUUUAGUUCUUAAGAUGAAUCACAAGAGAAAUGUGCGAUUACCAGCAGAUAUCUGUUACUCACCACAGAAAACUCUUUCCAGUUAACCUCAUUUUGCUAAUAAUAUUUUAAUUCAUAAAUACAUUUGUUGACUCAAUGCCUCAAAAAUGUAUCAAGUUAUCUCUGAUGUAGUUUUAGAAAGUCAAAUUAAACUAUUUUGUGCCACAGAAGUAAAACAAGACUAAAACUAAAAAAGUUCUAAAAUGACAGCGUCACUCUCCACCUAACUCAUCAAUGUGCUGAUCAAAGAUUGGCUAACAAUCUUUGAUCAGUCACACGUGUGUAUUCUGAAAGUCAGUCAUCACAGUGUGAACGUGUUCUUGUUCUUUUAUGGUUCUUGACAAUCUGUUCUGUUGUUUAGCAACACUACACUUUUUUAAAGUUAAAUAAGAAUUAAAGUUAAGAUAAGUUAGCUGUUAGUUAAUCAGUCUUUCCCAACUUUGUAUAGGUGCUGUUUCUGUUAACCUGGUGGAUUUUCAUUCCUGCUAUUCACAUGCUACAACUGAACAUGUUAAGUGCAAUAAUAAAGUCUUAAUGUAUACACCUUGAAA